AUUUGUUCGUCGUAUGCCAACUUUCUUUGAAACCUUCCCUGUUGUUUUACUAGAUAAAGACGGAGUAGUUCGUGCAGACGUUCCUUUCCGUAGAGCAGAAUCUAAAUAUAGUAUUGAACAAGUAGGUGUAACUGUACAAUUUUACGGUGGAGAACUAGACGGUGUAAGUUUUAGUGAUCCUACUACUGUGAAAAAAUAUGCAAGACGUGCACAAUUAGGUGAAAUUAUUGAAUUUGACCGUGCUACUCUUAAAUCUGAUGGGGUAUUCCGUAGUAGCCCAAGAGGAUGGUUCACAUUUGGACAUGCUAAUUUAGCAUUCUUAUUCUACUUUGGCCAUAUCUGGCAUGGUGCUAGAACUCUAUUUAGAGACGUAUUCUCUGGAAUUGAUCCUGAUCUUGAAGCACAAGUAGAAUUCGGUCUUUUCCAAAAACUUGGAGACCCAAGCACCAAGAGACAAGCUGUAUAGAUAUAAAUAUCUGUACUCAGUUCUAUUUAUGUAUCUUAGUAUGUAUCAAUGAAUCUAUAAAAAGAUU